AUCACCUCACUUACUUAAUGUGUAAGAAGAGGACUUUCGUAGCUCUUUGGGGUGCUUCCUUUAAUCUCACACAGACAUCUUGAGGCGCAGCAUGAAGAGGAAACCACCAGCACUUUAGAUUGCAGUCUCAAGGUACAACUAACACCUGAGAUUUUUGAGACUGCAUACACAGAUGAAGGAUAGGAGUGUGUUUCAUGUGAUAUUGGAGUAUUCUACGAAGAGGUCCACACCCAAAAGUUCAGUCUGUACAGACAGAUCUGAGGUCAGAACUCUUGUCAGGGCUCAACUUGACAGCUGAAUCAACGCAAGUGUCUUGUCCCAUAGACAUUAUCCUGAGACAUACAAGAACUUACUAAGCUGAGGAUCGUUGGUCUGUGAGAGCAGAUCUGUCAAUGGCUUCACCGACCAUAAACUUCAUCACUUGGAAUGUUAAUGGACUUAAACAAAACAGAGAUCAAAAAUUUCAAGAACUACAAAAUGCAGACAUUGUCUUCUUACAGGAGACGCACAUCGGAACAGGAGACGAACAUCUAGAAGACUAUAAAGAUGAGUGGUAUAUUUACUUUACAAAGUACACCUCCUGCAGCAAGGGAACAGCAAUACUAGUGAGGAGAAGACUAGAGUUUGAGCACAUAAGUGAUGAAAAAGAUAACUGUGGAACUUAUGUUGUGCUGAAAUGUAAACUGAAAGGUCAGCCGUACACUCUGGUUAGUGUUUAUAACCAUGAAACAGACACAAGAACCCUUGAUAAACUUUCAAGUUACCUGCAGUCAAUGACCACAGGGCUUCUGGUGAUUGGUGGAGAUUUCAACACAGUUCUCAAUCCAUUUAUUGACAAAAAAUGUAAUACAAGCAAGAAGAUAAAGAACGGAAAUCAACGUAAACUGCUCUUAUUUGUGAAAAAGUUCAUGAAAUCUCUUCAGCUGGUUGAUGUCUGGAGAAGAAAGAACCCCAUAAAGCAGGAUUAUACAUACUACAUAAAAGACUCUCCUGUGUCCAGACUGGAUUACUUCUUUGUUCCAGAAGAAUGUAUGUGGCGUGUCAGAAGUUGUGACAUUAGAAACUCAGAGAGGCCCGACCAUUGGCCUGUGUCUUUAGAGAUCAACAACAUCCCCACAAUGCCUUUUCAGAAAUAUCGCCAGAUAAAAACAAUCUUCCAAUGGCUGAAUCUAAAACAGCAUCUUUUUACAGAUGAGGCGGGUUCAUCACUAGGUGAAGAAAGCUCACAGGCAGUCAGUGAGGUUGACAUUUUCUCAGCUGUAAAUUCUCUUCAAGUGUCAGACACACCGAGACCAGAUGGCAUCCCAGUUUCCUUCUAUAAAGACAACAUUCAGGAUCUAAUUCAAUAUAUAAAGAUGCUCUAUGACAGAAUCCACAGCGGUGCAUUUAACUGCUCUGAGAAACACUUUAAUGAAACUGUGAAAAGUCCCCAUGACAAUAGUCAACACUUCUUUAACGUUGAUUACCUCAUCAUUGCUACCAUUCUGGCAAAACGUCUAGGUGAUUACUUGGAGUCUCAGUCAAAGGAUCAUGCACCAAAAGAUUCAGCUACUGUCAUGAUCACUCCCAAAACAUUCUGCACUGAGAUGAGGUUGUCUCAUUUUCAGGAUGAAAUAGAAAAGCAAAAACGGUCAAACCCAAAUCUGUAUCAGGAUUUCCUCAUUGUGAAAAACCUCCUCAGAGAUGCACCAGAAGUAGAUACUGAAUCUGUAGCUGUUUCAAUCGAGAGAGACAAACUGCUGGAUCAGGGCUGCCCUUUGACCCCAGUUCUCAUUAUGCUGGCUCUGAAAUGCUUUGGCUCUGCAUUAGCUGGACAUUUAAAACGGCACGACAUUCUAGUUUUCAAAGACAGCGUAAUACUUUGCAUCCAACCUGAGGACCUUGAAAAAGUAUUAGCUGCUGUGAGGGAAAGAGCUAAUGAAGUGUUUUACAUUGAGGAAUUAUACAGAGGAAAUGUUAAUGAUAAACAAUUAAAGUGCUUGGGAAAUGAGUCUAUGGCCGAGGAUUGUAACAAAAGACUGACCAUGUAUGCAGUUGUUACUCUGCAAGACUCAGAUGAGGUGAUGGUGGUAGCAUCAAACUGGCUGAGCCUCGACAAGAAACAAUGUUACUGGCCCCCAUUCAAAUCACCAGACAAGUGCACGGAAGCUGUUCAGAACAGAAUUAAAGCUGAAACAGGAGGGAAACCAUGGGAGAAACUAAACAUUAGCUUUCACAGAGAAUGUGUCACUUUUGAGAAGGCAAAAGAGGAGCAACAAGAAAUUAAAGUACGGAAAGAACAGCCAUAUCUAUUAGCCACUAGAUUCCCUGGAAUGCUAAAAAGACAAAGACUUGAAUGCCCUCAAGAAAUGUUAAAUCAACAACUUCCUCCUGCACCAUCUGCAUCUACAUCCAGAAUGUCAGCUGAUGACAAGGAUGAGUUCCUCCAAAUGCUGAGAGACAUCAAGAGCACAGUUCAGGAAAACUCUGCUAUGUUAAAAAAGCUACUAAAAGACAAUACGGUUUCUGAGGUCCCCAGCAGUACCAGCAUUCCUCAUAAAGACGUUAAAACAAACCUAAAACUGCCUCUUAGAACCAUUAAAGAUGUGGCCAUGACUGAAAGACAGCUCACAAAGAAUGCAACAACACGCCAAAAAUAUAUAAGAUAUCUGUCAAGACUUGGAGGUUUUGGGCAAAAGGAUGUGAUUAAGAAUAUUAUGCGGCAUGUCCUAACAGAUGAUCUGGCCACAAAGUUUAACUGGCAGGGGAGAGGAAAUAAAAAGCCCUUCUCUAAGCUUAUUUUAACAGAUGUGAUCAGAGAGGCUGCAUCAAAACAAAGUGUAAUGAGGAAAGACUGUGAAGCUGAAAUAAAAAAUUAUUUGUGGUCCAUAGCUGAUCGAAUCGGUCGGAAUAGACCAAGAGAUUGUGGAGGUCUGACUUCAGAUGUGACUUCUCCCACACUGCUGGACAGUGGCUUCCAGUCAGUGGCUGGAAUGUCUUUUGCCACUACUUAAUUUAAUGCAUUAGUGCAAGUUAAAGAUUCCAAUUGAUUCAUUUAAUUAAACAUUUUAAGUUUUAAACAUUUUUAAUGAGUUGUCCUGACAUCUUAAUGUUGAUAAUUACAUCAACGUAAUACUGUGAUUGUUUUGUUGUUUUUUUGUUUUGAGUGUACACAUUAAACAUUCAUUUUGUAAAGAACAGUAUGUGUACUAGCUUGCCACUGUGUACUUCAAAUAUUGGCUCUUGAGAUAAAAUGCUCAUAAUACUCAUAAUUUUUAAUCAGUGUAAGUGUAAAAAUAUAUGGUUAGGGUUAGGCAAGGGUUUUUAUACUGUGGUAAUAUAAGAAAUAAUUUAAGAUCCAUCAGCCUUUAGCUGACUGGAGGAAAUAAUGAAAAACAUGAUAAUGUGUUUCACUGUGGUAUCACUGCAU